AUGAUGUGGCGUAUGCGCAGUCGCUCCAGGACAAUCUGUCUGUCCUUGGCCUCCAUCACCGUUUUCCUCUACCUCCUCCUGGCGCUUGUCUCUCUUCCCAUUUACCACCAGCACUGUGAACCCCUGCAGCCGCCCAGGACACACAUCCUGCGAGACCUGGCACAGACCAACUACACCUCUGUGCGGAUCAACAGUCCAGCUGGGCCGCCAACUGAUACCACACAUGGAGAUUCUUCCAGAAAAAAUGGCUCAGUGAACAUCGCGGGUCACAGCGGUGACAACCGAGCUGAAUCUGUGGAGUCUGGGCUGUCAAAGCUGGAGGCGCUGUUUGACCAUCCUCUUUACAAUGUGCCCGGCCCUCCUGUCCCUGAGGAGGACUGGCUGUUGAAAGUGAGAUCAAAGGUCAAGGCGAGUGAGAAGAGCUCCCAAAUGUGGGUGAGUGCCAGUCAGGAAGGCUACGAGGACGUUCAGUGGAACAGCAGCAGUGACAGCCAUCCUCCCUGGCUGCGCUUCCACCUGGGCAUCUCCCGCUGGCAGCUGUACCCCCAUCGGGACCUCAACAUGGAGCCACUGAUCAGGCAGCUCGCCACGCACAGCGUCGUCAGCGCGGUGCAGAAGUCUGGGGGGACGCAACUGAAGCUGGUGAUGUCAUUUCCCAACUAUGGACAAGCCAUGUUCAAACCCAUGAAGCAGGAGAGAGACGAGGAAACCAAUUAUAACCUCUACUACUUCUCUGAUUUCGAGAGACACAAUGCAGAAAUCGCUGCUUUUCACCUGGACAGGAUUUUGGGUUACAGGCGAAUCCCUCCAGUGGUUGGGAGGCUGGUGGACGUGGUCAAGGAGAUCAAAGACAUCACUACCGACCGCAAGCUGGCCCGAACCUUUUUUACCUCCCCUGUGGGUAACGUGUGUUUCUACGGCCAGUGCUCCUACUACUGUUCAACAGAGCAUGCGGUGUGUGGCCGGCCCAGAGACCUGGAGGCCUCUUUGGCUGUCAUGCUGCCUGAUCUCUCCCUGGCCACCCGAAGGUCCUGGAGGUCCCCCUGGAGACGCUCCUACAGCCGCAGCAAGCUGGCAAAGUGGGAGUCAGAACCAGACUACUGCUCGACGGUGAAAAAGACCGCACCAUACAACAAAGGCACGAGACUGGUGGACUUCAUAGAUCUGGUCAUACUGGACUUCUUGAUGAGUAACAUGGACCGGCACCAUUAUGAAACCUUUGAGAAGUUCGGCAACAAUACUUUCCUUCUGCACCUUGACAACGGGAGGGCAUUUGGGCGUCACUCCAAAGAUGAGCCUUCUAUCCUUGCUCCUCUAGAACAAUGUUGCAGAAUCCGUCGCUCCACCUGGUUACGCCUUCGUCUGCUGUCACUGUCCCAGUAUCGUCUCAGUGACGUCAUGCGAGCCUCGCUCUCUCGCGAUCCGCUUCACAGGGUGGCUCCACUGCUGUCGGAGCCUCAUCUCGCUGCUCUCGACCGGCGCUUGAAAACUGUGCUGGAGACUGUAAGUCGUUGCCGAAAGAGACAGAGUGAAGAUGGUGGCGAUGAUCAGGUCAUCUAUGACGACAUUGUGAACUUGAAAGACAUGGUCACACCUGCAGGGUAG